UCUGUCUUACUACACGCCUCAUUUCAGCUCCGCCAGUCAGCUCCGAGUUUCUACAAAGUGAAUGGACACGAAACACACAAGAUGCAGUAAGAAGGAACACGGUAACUCUUUCAAGUUUUGUGGAAAUAUGAUGUUGCUCAGUAGAAAUAAUGGAUGCAAUAGACUCCACUGAUCCAUACAGCCGACCAGCUCGCAGGACACAAUGGAUAGUCAGCACUCUGGCUUACCAUUACGGACUGGACCGAGGAGUGGAGAACGAAAUUAUAGUUUUGGCCACCGGAUUGGAUCAGUAUCUACAGGAGAUUUUCCAUCAUAUGGACUAUCAAGGUGGAGGCAAAAUCCCCGUCGAAGACUUUAACAUCCUAUGUGAAGUUUUGGGGCUGAACAAAGACUUGGAGGAUACUGAAUGCGCCGGUGUUUUAGACAAUUUACCCAGCGAGCUCACCUUCAGACACUUCCACGCCAAACUGUGUGGAUACUUCAGUACUAAGGCGGGGUGUCAGUAUGAGAACGGCCGGCUGCUGGUCGGGAAAGACAGCGAGCAUAUAGAGACUCAGAUCCGCUUGAGAAGCCCUUUGAAGCGGCGAGAGAAGCUGCUGUCUGUGGGUGUGAGCGGUGGCUCCUCUCCUUCGGAGGGACGGCACGCCUCCGGCUGUAGGAUCGGCUCAUGCACCAAGGAGUGCUAUGAGGAGAUAGUAGCACUGGAGGAAGCAGAGGAUCGAAUAACGAAACUCGAAGAUGAGAAUGCAAGUUUGAGGGAGCUGAUUGAGGACAUGCGAGCCGCACUUCAGAGCAGUGAUGCACGCUGUUUGGCCCUGCAGGUAGGACUAUGGAAAAGUCAUUCCAAACAUAAACCAGAGGAAGGCUGUUUUGUUGCUCAGCAGAAAAAAGCUGUUCAGAAAGGUAUGAGCAAUGGCAACUUGAAAAACAGCACCUACACCAACCUGAAGAGCCUGCAGAACAUUAUCCACGAGAUAGAACUGCUGCAGAGCUCCAGAGACCGACAGGUCGAGGAAGCCAUGCUGUGUAAUCAGAGACUGGAGCAGGAAUUGUGGAGCUCUAAGGAGACUGUAGCUGCUCUGGAAGACUGCAACCGAGCUCUGAAGAUGGAACAGGUGGGCAUGAGGAGGAAAGUGGAGGAGGCCAGACAGGCACUAUUCAGCGGACUGGGUAAAGUGAAGGAACUGGAGGCUAAGGCCAGUCAUGUGCCAGCGCUGCAGAGACACAUCCUCCAGCUGGAAUCAGAGCUCCUCUACUACAGGUCAGAGGUGUCAAAACUACAACUCCCAUGCAAUACCAGGACAGAACAACAACCGAGUGCUGGUAGCAGGCCGGGCCAGAGAUGCUGCUUGGAUGGUCAACACGACCGCUGUUCCCCAACAGGGCGUGCUGUGACUACCCCAGACAAAAUGGAGGAGCAGCUGUUUCGUUCAGUGGAGGGCCAGGCAGCUUCUGACGAGGAAGAGGACAAGUGGACUGGAGAUCAACAGAGGCAGGUGGAUGAGGUGAAGAGGAUCUUGACCAGGUUGUCCUGCUGUGGGGAAAGGUGCGAUGACAAGGCAUUCAAGAAACUGGUGUCCAGGUUUGGGAGUUCAAGGAGCGAGGAGAGCUGCAGUGCUGUGGUGCAGCUCCUGGAGAGAGUGACCAGGUUACAUAAGCAGCUGGAGCUGAGGGAGAGCCUGGCAGAGAUAGACAUGGACCAGAUGAAGGAUUCUUUGGUCCAGGAACUACAGCAGAAGGCAGAGGAGACUGAGCUACUUCAGAUGGAGCUGCAAAUGUUGGAGACAGAGAGGGUUCGUCUGUCACUGGUGGAGGAGAAGCUUGUGGACAUUCUGCAGCUCCUCCAGCAGCUCAGAGACCUGAAUGUCUCGCGGAGGUCUCUUGGGAAAAUCUUGCUCAGCACUUUGGAGUCUUGCAGUGACCCACAACACGGGAAAGCCCACAUUCUGGAGGUGCUCAACGCUCUCUAUCAUGAACUGGCUGCCUGUGAGAUUCUGACCACUGGUGGACCUCUGGAGCGGACACAGAGUCAACAGUCUCUGAAUGCCCUCAUCAUCUCCUGUUAAAUAAGACUGCCCCCUGCUGGGCCAAUGGUGUUACAACAGCCUUUCAAGAGUACACUUGAAGCUGUAUCAGUGGUCAAAAAACAGGCUGAUUGAUGUGUAUAGUGUAUUAUAUUGUAGCUUUAUACUCUUCAGACCCUAUCAUCUAUAAAGGAAUGUUAUUCUAGAUUGUUAAGUAUUGUAGUGAAGGGCUUUGAUACAUAAAUUAAAUUCUUGCUUAAACAUGUUUUUAAGAGCUUUUAUUGCACAUAACUCUUUCAUGGUCCAUAUUGAUUUUUUUUUUCCACAACAGAGGUCUUAAUGUGAAAAUGUAGAGAUAAGUAUAAGGGCAUGAAGUAGUCUGUGAAAUGUAUCAACCUCUGCUUGGACUUACAACAUGCCUGAUAAAACUUAAAGGAUUUUUGACCAAAUUUUGAGAAAACAGUGUACUUUUGACCCUUGGGAUGCCUCAGUGCACCAUUAAUGUAUGCAUUAUCGAAGCCCGCAGAAGUUUGUCCUGCAUAGGGCAGCCUCCAGCCUACACAAGUGCAACAACUCUCUUACACUAUUAAAUGCAGUGUCUAAGUUAACCUGUGGUUACUGCUUCAUAACUGUUUGUCAAUAUAAUACAACAGAUAUAUUUUUUAUUAAAUGCUCUUUUUGAAACACAAACCUUGUUAAUAUGAGUUGGAUCAGCUGAAUUGUCAUUGUUGUCUUGAAUGGGAGCCUUCGAUACAAAACCACUCAUGCCAUUAAAGUCUUUGAAUUAUGUA